AAAUUACAUUAUCGGAUUUUUCCAAGUGAGUAAAUUACUACUACUAUCUGUAUACCGAUGGGCUCCGGCGAUGAGCAGUUGCCGGAAAUCGUAGUCCUGGGCCCGCCGGUCGUUUUCGCAUUAUACGACCAACAAUUCAGCUCCAGAUUCCGAUUUUUAAGGCCAUGGGAAUCCGAGGAACCAUUGCCACAAUUCCUAGCUUCCCGGGCCCGCAGCACUCAGGCCGCCAUAUGCAGCGGCGAUUUCUCCUUAUCCGCCGCCGUUCUCGCCAAUUUACCCUCGCUGCGCCUUGUCGUCACUUCCAGCGCCGGCCUCAACCACAUAGAUCUUACUGAGUGCCGCCGCCGUGGCAUCGCCGUCGCCUACGCCGGCAAUUUCUUCUCCCCCGACGUGGCUGAUCUCGCGGUAGGGCUGCUCAUCGAUGUCCUUCGGAAAGUGAGCGCCGGAAAUCGCUUCGUCAAAAAUGGCCUUUGGCCUAACAAACCAGACUUCCCUCUCGGAUUCAAGUUGGGAGGCAAGCGAGUCGGAAUCGUGGGGUUAGGAAGCAUAGGUUUCGAGGUAGCAAAGAGGCUCAAAGCAUUCGGGUGUGGCAUAUCCUACUACUCGAGGAAGAAGAAGCCGUUUGUGUCAUACACAUCUUAUUCCACCAUCCACGAACUAGCAUCAAACUGCAACGUUCUUGUCCUGUGCUGCUCAUUGACCGAGCAAACGCACCACUUGGUCAACCGGGAGGUCAUGCUGGCACUGGGUAAGGACGGGGUUAUUGUAAACAUUGCACGAGGUGCUGUCAUUGAUGAGAAGGAGCUGGUGGCUUGCCUGCUCCGGGGAGAGAUUGCUGGUGCUGGCCUGGAUGUGUUUGAGCACGAACCUCGUCCUUCUCCGGAGCUUUACCAGCUCAACAAUGUUGUGCUGUCGCCUCACAAUGCUGUGCUCACUGAGGAGUCGAUGGAAGGAUUGUACCAACUCAUUUGUGGGAAUUUGGAUGCCUUCUUCACAGGUAAGCCUUUGCUUUCGCAGAUUCCGGAUGAGUAGCUUAGUCUGCGGGAUGUAUCGAGCAUCCGUCGUCAUGACCAUCACAAGAUGAAGUUUGGUUGGAUAGUUCUCCUUACUUCUCAAAUUGGAUGUCAUGAUUUUCCCAGUUGUUUCGAGUAGAUUGCUGCAAAAGUUUGCAGCCAAAUGAAAUUUUAGUAUACAGUUUAGUGAAUUUGGUUGGAUGGAUUAUAUCGUUGUUAUUAUCUGUGUUUAAAUGAAGGUGUUAUGUAAAUGAGAGAGUUAUAAACAACUUAAAACCUAUGACAAAUCACAUAAUUCAGUACGACUAAUAUUUGAUUU